UUGGGCACACAGGCUCCGAUUUCAAGGCAUCGUUCGAAAGCCAAAGAUAGGGAGCAGCUCAUUAUGCUUCCGCCGUACAAAGGCUAUCGCACAAAAACAAUAACUCAUUGAAUAAGAAAAUAAAAAAAAUAAGGGGGAACCAUGUCAUAUGAUCGCUGGAGUUAGACAAAAUGGCGACCUACGCGUCUGCGACUAGUACGAAGAAACAAGAAGAUAGAGAGGAGGCCAAUAGCUCAUCUGAAGAAGAGGAGGAUGAAGAUGGUGAUGAUACAGAAUCUGAAGAGGAACCAGAUGAGCCAAAGCUGAAAUAUGAGCGUCUGACAAAUGACCUGAAUGCCAUCCUUAGCAAAGAUGCAGCUAGCUGUAUUGCUGUCCAUACAAAGUUCCUUGCUCUGGGGACUCACUGGGGUAUGAUUUUCAUUCUUGACCACACAGGGAACAAUAUCCGGGAUAAAGAAAUCAUGGCUCACACCACCACAGUUAAUCAGAUCAGCAUUGACGAGAAGGGAGAAUACCUCGCCAGCUGUUCUGAUGAUGGAAAGGUUAUGAUAGCUGGCUUGUAUGGCACAGAACUUAACCAGACAGUGUCGUUUGACCGGCCCGUUAAGUCUGUGGGAAUAGAUCCUUAUUUCACCAAAUCAGGGCGUGGCAGACAAUUUGCUUGUGGAGAAGAAAAGCUGGUUUUGAAUGAGAAGAGUGGUCUCUUCAGAACCAACAAGGCCAUAACAAUCCAUCAAGGGGAGGGACCUGUUCGCAACAUCAAGUGGCACACAGAUUUUAUUGCAUGGGCUAAUGAUGAGGGAGUCAGAAUGUACCAUACCAGUUCUAGGCGUAUAAUUACAAAAAUUGCCAAAAAUCACAAACACCGAACUGACCUUUAUGGCUGCCAGCUAUGCUGGAAGGAUGAUGUUACUCUCCUUGUUGGUUGGGCAGACACUGUCAGGGUCUGUGUUGUAAAAGUAAAACCAGUACACGAUGGACUGGAUACACCACGACACAUAGUUGAAAUUGUCCAGACAUUUACCCCUGAUUUUUUUGUGUGCGGCAUUGCUCCUUUGGGAAGCAAUCUGGUACUUCUAACAUAUGAUAAAGAUGGGAUGAAACAGGAGGGAGGCAAGAUGGUAUGCAAGCGUCCACAUCUACGAAUAAUAGAGCCAGGCUUGUACACAUCUGAAGAGUUGUCCAAUGAUGCCCUCACCAUGAGAGGAUUUGAAGAGUACCGCAUCAAUGACUAUCAUCUGGAGUGCAUUCCAGAUGAAAAUAUUUUUUUUAUAAUUAGCCCUAAGGAUGUGGUCAUAUCAAGACUUCGAGAUAUGGAUGACCAUAUCACAUGGCUUAUGGAUCAUGAGCGAUAUGAGGAAGCCAUGGCAUGUGCAUCUGACCAUGCCCAUGAACUGAAAUCGCACACAUAUGAGGCAAUAGGUCGGACAUACUUAGACUUCCUAGUGCAUCAGCAAAAAUUUGCUGAAGCUGUCAAGAUGUGUGUGAAGAUCCUUGGAAAGAGGAAAGAUUUGUGGGAAGAGGAGAUAUACAAGUUUGCAAAGAUUGGCCAGCUCAGAGCUAUCUCUAUGUGCAUUCCACUUGAAGACCCAAGGCUUAGUCCUGCCAUCUAUGAGAUGAUCCUUAAUGACUUCCUGCAACGGGAUUAUGCACAAUUCUAUCAUCUUAUAAAAACCUGGCCACAUGACCUGUACAACAAAGAGGCAUUGAUCAAUGCUGUAGUAAAUUUGCUGGAUCGUGAGUUGGAUCAAGAGCUUCUACUGCAGAGUCUUGGACAGCUAUAUGCCUAUCAAAAAGCAUUUGACAAAGCUUUAGCAAUAUACCUCAGGUUGAAGAACAAGGAGGUGUUUGGACUGAUCCAAAAACACUCAUUGUACACUGCUGUGAGUGAUAAGAUCCAAGCGCUGAUGGAACUGGACUGGGAACAGGCCACACGUAUGCUUCUGGACAACAUCGAUAAGAUUCCAGUGAAAAAAGUGAUCAGUCAGUUGUCAAAGAACCAUUACUUUCAAUAUGUGUAUUUAGAUCAGCUGUACACUAAAGACAUUUCAGCAGUUCAUGAUUAUGGCCAUCAGAUGGUGGAGUUGUACUGUGAAUUUGACAGACCCAAGCUGUUACCAUUCUUAAGGCGCAGUGAGUCAUAUCCUCUCCAAAAAGCUCUGGAGAUGUGUGAGCUACGUGGAUAUGUCAAAGAACAAGUCUUCCUUCUUGGGAGAAUGGGCAACCUGACACAAGCAUUGAAGAUGAUCAUGGAAGGUCUUGGGGAUGUAAACCAUGCCAUAGAUUUUUGCAAAGAACAAAAUGAUGAAGAACUAUGGGAAAACCUCAUCUCUUACUCCAUUGACAGACCAAACUUUAUCACAGCAUUGCUACAAAAUGUUGGAGCAGACAUUGAUCCAAUCAAAAUCAUCAGUCGGAUUGAAAAGGGCCUUGUGAUUCCUGGGUUGCGUGAUUCCUUGGUCAAGAUUUUGCAGGAUUACAAUCUACAGAUUUCCCUUCGUGAAGGCUGUCGUAGAAUCCUGGUGGCAGACAGUUUCAAUUUGCUAGAAAGAAAUGUCAGGACUCAGCGGAAGGCAAUAUUUGUGAAUGAGUCACAGAUGUGUCCUGUUUGUGGUCAGGAGCUGAUAGUCAAUGAUCUUCGCCUUGCCAGCAAUAUACUUGUGUUUAACUGUCGCCACACCUACCAUGAAGAUUGCCUGCCUACUGCAGUGACAAACUGUACAAUGUGCAGCAGUCAGAAAAAGGGACCAGGAAGCAAAGGAUUUUAAGAAUACCAUCUGCUGUUUUGUCUUUCACAGACUUCAGAAUACCUAAUGUGGCAACUUUGUGGCAGAGGAUUGGGGCUCAUUUGUAUCUAUUUUGCAUGGUGCAAAUUUGUUAUAAUUUAUUCAUUUUUUGACAGCUGUUUGGCUGUUUCCCAUGUUAUCUGUGCAGACAUUUUGGAAAAGGGGACUAAAGGUGACAGGACAAAUAUCAAGAUGAUUCUACGUAAAUUUCUGGCAGCAUUGUUUGCUGAUGCUUGAGAGAAACGAGGAUUCCUCAGCAGAUGAUCUAUGUUACUAAAUAAUUAUAGAACUUUGUUUCUCUAUGAUUCCAAAAUGUGUAUAUUGUAUGAGGCUUCUGGAAAAUGUUUAUAAUAUACUGGGGAAGUGAGUGUGUGUAUGUGCAUGAAUGUACAUUUGAGGAUAAAACAAGAGGAGGUUUGUUGAAUUACUUUGAACAUUUGCUUAUUUUCAUACAAAAAAAAAAAAAAUAAAGCUGUGUAGAAAAUA